AGGGCCACUCCUCUCCCUAGUCCCAUGCACUUUUAUCCCACAAGCCUUAGGGAGAGUUACAACAGUGGGAAGCGACUAGGUAGGAAGGUUUUGCGUGGCUGCCUUCCCUUGGAGAUGACUGCAGGCCGAGGUACAUCGAAGGGACUGGCGGGGUCCACAGCAACUCUAUUAGUAAUGUUGCCCAGCUCUCACGUGUGCAGAUGAGAACCCCCCUGCUACUUUAGGCAGCUUAGGGGUGUGUUUGUUUUUCUGGAGAGGGAACUUUGGAGGGUUUUCAUAAUGUUGGUCUCUUAAGUUCGGUUCUUGCACCACAAUUUUUGUGGAAGAAUAUUGCAGCUCAGUCCUUGGUUCUGCCACACCGAAGUUUGCGUGCUCACUGUUCAGUCGAGGAAAGAUGUUUUUCAGAAUAUUCGUCUGCAGGAUGGAGUCCCUAUGGUAAGAGUUAAAACCCCCUAAAAGCUAGAAUUUUUUCAGUCUCCCAGUAGGGAUAGAGGUGAAAACACUAGGAUUUCUCAAUUACAACAAUAAAGAGCAGUGUAGUUUAAGUGAUAGGUGCACAUCACAUAGAAGCAUGGAAAGAAGAAAGCAGCUACUGUUCUCUCUCCUCCAGGGUUAAUUGUGGGGUAUGGACACGUCUAUGACUUUAUAUUGAUUUUUAAAACGUACACACUAUAUGCUUCUAUGAGCCUAGAAAUAAAGGUGGAGGGCUACAUGCCCAAGCAGGAAAUAGUGGGGGUAGGGGAUACUUACUGGCUUUUUCUGUAUCUGUGUAACUAUGAACCUCUGUGCAAUUCUGGGCAUGGGCUUUGUUAGGACUUCCUUAGUGGUUCUCCAACCCAUUCCUCUAAUCCCAGUGUACCGCCCCUGCACGCCCCAAGUGCCACAGCCUUUAUCUGUUCUCAUUCAUAUCUGUUCAGAGCUGGACCUGAUGCCGCCAGUCACCCUCCUCUCUGUUCCCAACCUGAAAAUGGGUACAUGUGCAAGUGGCAGGACGAGAAAGGACUGGCGCAUCCCUGAUCAGAGUUAUUCUGAUCUGAAGAAUUUGGUGUUUGAAGCAUUAAGAUAAUAGCCUGAGUUGUUCAUGGAGUUUUUCAUCAGUAUGUCUGAAACCAUUAAAUAUAAUGACGACGAUCAUAAAACUCUGUUUCUGAAAACACUAAACGAACAACGCCUGGAAGGAGAAUUCUGUGAUAUCGCCAUUGUGGUCGAAGAUGUGAAAUUCCGAGCACACAGGUGUGUUCUUGCCGCCUGCAGCACCUACUUUAAAAAGCUUUUCAAGAAGCUUGAGGUUGAUAGCUCUUCGGUAAUAGAAAUAGAUUUUCUUCGUUCUGAUAUAUUCGAAGAGGUCCUGAACUACAUGUACACAGCAAAGAUUUCUGUGAAAAAAGAAGAUGUCAACCUAAUGAUGUCAUCGGGUCAGAUUCUUGGUAUCCGGUUUUUGGAUAAACUCUGUACUCAGAAGCGUGAUGUCUCCAGUCCCGAUGAAAACAACGGCCAGUCAAAGAGUAAGUAUUGCCUCAAAAUAAAUCGCCCCAUUGGAGAUGCUGCUGACACUCAGGAUGAUGACGUGGAAGAAAUUGGAGACCAGGAUGACAGUCCUUCCGAUGACACGGUAGAAGGCACCCCCCCGAGUCAGGAGGACGGCAAGUCGCCGACGACAACGCUCAGGGUUCAGGAAGCAAUCUUAAAAGAGCUGGGGAGUGAGGAAGUCCGGAAGGUAAAUUGCUACGGGCAGGAGGUAGAAUCCAUGGAGACCCCGGAAUCGAAAGAUUUGGGGUCCCAGACCCCUCAAGCCUUAACAUUUAACGACGGAAUGAGUGAAGUGAAGGAUGAACAGACGCCAGGCUGGACGACAGCCGCCAGUGACAUGAAGUUCGAGUACUUACUCUAUGGCCACCAUCGGGAGCAGAUAGCCUGCCAGGCGUGCGGUAAGACAUUCUCCGACGAAGGCAGGUUGAGGAAGCAUGAGAAACUCCACACGGCAGACAGGCCAUUUGUCUGUGAAAUGUGCACAAAAGGUUUUACCACACAGGCCCACCUGAAAGAACACCUAAAAAUCCACACAGGGUACAAACCCUACAGUUGCGAGGUGUGUGGAAAAUCAUUCAUCCGCGCCCCAGACUUAAAGAAGCACGAGAGAGUUCACAGUAACGAGAGACCUUUUGCGUGCCACAUGUGUGACAAAGCCUUCAAACACAAGUCCCACCUCAAAGACCACGAACGAAGACACAGAGGGGAGAAGCCCUUUGUAUGUGGCUCUUGCACCAAGGCAUUUGCCAAGGCGUCUGAUCUGAAAAGGCACGAGAACAAUAUGCACAGUGAAAGGAAGCAGGUGACCCCCAGUGCCAUCCAGAGUGAGACAGAACAGUUGCAGGCAGCAGCGAUGGCCGCUGAAGCCGAGCAGCAGUUGGAAACGAUAGCCUGUAGCUAGAGGUGAUGGGACAGGACCCCGCUUCGCCUGAGCCCUGGAGACUGAGACCGCAUUGUUCGUCAUACAUGAACGCCAGUCGCUGUAUUUUUGUGGAAACUUACAGAGCAUUGUACUCGCUGGACUUAAGGCAGUGCUUGGUUAGGUGGUUUUAAAACUUUGCAAGGAAGUAAGGUUCCUUGGUUCCGACCAAACAGUGUCACUGUCCUGUCUGGUGUCUGGUGGUAAUGUCGCCAGUAAGUCCCCCUCCCUCUUUUUUACGAUUUUAAUUUGAGAACUCCUGUGUCCAGUUCAGAAGUAGGAGACUUCUGUUCCAUUUUUAAUUCCUCUCGACACUUGCUGCGCUGGUGAGUGUAUUGCACAGAGUGAUAAUUAAGUAAAUUGAUUUCCUGAUCAUCACGCUUAUUUGUGACUUCACAGUCAAAACAGCCUUUUUAAUAACUUAAUAAGAGUACUUCAUGUAGAUGCAGAAAAUACUGGUGGGUGGUUGACCAAGAACACCGCGUGGAUACGAACACAAGUUCCAGAAGUGCAGAAUGGCAUUAGAUUUGUAUUCGGUUUGUUAAUUUUAUAUCACUGGUUUUCACUAUUUUUGUGGACAAAUGAUGGUUGCUUUGCUAAAAUGUUUCUUCAUUUUGAUUGCCCGCACUUCCCCCAAAAGAUGUAGUCACAAGUCCCAAACACAAGGCUGAGCAAACCCACAGGGAUGAUGGUAGUCUGGGGGCUGAGUUCUUUUUGUUCCUCUCUUUUGGGGCAUUGUCACUCGGCGGCAGAUGCGGUUUGUGGGGUAGACCAGUUAUUAGAGGGAUAGCAAAGGGGGAAUAGGAACCUGCUCUCAGGGACAAGGUUUUCAUGUUUGCAACAAUUCCAAGAUUUUCUAGAUCAAAAUAAUUCUCAAUUGAUUUUUGAACUUGGAUUUUUACUUAGGAUCAAAUUAGGACAAGAACAGGUAUGCUUCUUCGGAUACAUGUGUGUCACUUAAGAGAAUGUCAUCAAGCGUUUGGGCUCUCUGCAGCACGUGAUUUAUAGGAGAUGUAAUAUCGUUACUUAAAUUAAUAAAUUGAAAAUCUUUUAAGUGUGUAAAUAGUGUAGAAGUGUUGGUCUUAUGUAUUUCAAGUAAAAGUAGACAGCUGCACUUUUUUUUUUUUGCACAUUGGAUUAAAAUAACUUUCAUAAGCAGCAAACAUCAGUCUCUUUUUUAACCAAUAUUAAAGACUAUCAGACCAAAUUUUUAUUUUUUUGAAGUAUAUUUCAUCAUUGGUGGUUAUAGUUUUAAGUAGAAUUUGGUUGCCAUUUCAUAGUCAUAAACAGAAUUAUAAACACUGUUCCAGUUUUGGUGUAUGCAAACUUUUUUUUUUAACCAUUUCUUUAGGAAUAUAUUGAAAUGCCAAAAUAGUUUGAAUUAUGUUCUGUAAUAAAGUAUUAGUCAAUUAUUUUAGAAUGUACAAUUUUAGGAAAAUGUCAUUUUUCAAAAUUUAUUUUUGAUUCCUAGAACUUUUCUCCUCAAGAUACAUUAAAGUAAUUUCAUUUCAUACUUGUUGCAUUAACACCUGUAAUUGCUGUUACAGGAGAAAUUUUAUUUUUUAACUUGAUGUAUAUGUUGUGCCCAAGAUCAUAGGAUGGAGAUGCUACCUUUUAAAGAAAGUUAUUUAUUGGUAAAAUGUUUAGUUUAAAAUUAAUUUAAUCUUCUUUCUUAAAAGUCGUUUAUUCUGUCCUAAAAGUAGUCUUGUCACUGUGUUUAUAUGCUGUUAGUGGAAGGGGAACUGAUUGGCGCUCCUUGGCUGUUUUAACCAAAGCAGAGGAAAAAUAAUUUAACGUCUUGUCGAUAGCUACUACAACAAACCAUUUUUGGGGGCUUCAUUUUUGUAUAUAAAAGAAAAUAUACUUCUGUUA